AAAAAAAUCUAGUUUCUCAGAAAAUUGAGAAGUCUCAUUAGUAUAUUUAGAGAUUUAUACGUUUGUAAAGAUUGUGGAGAUGGACAAAUUAAAGAAUCUCCAAUUUGUCUUAGUUAUACUCUUCGAUAUUUGAAUGGAAUGAUUCCAAAUGGAAUAAAAUGUUAAGGAGGAAUCAUUAUAGCUGUUUCCGACUAGUUUGUGAAUGAGAUUAGUUGUUGUUGCAAGCCAUAACUAGUUUGCUAAAUUACUCCAAAAGAAGCAUUUUUUUCUUUGGUUUCCUGGAUUUCUUGCCUUACCGACGACAUGACCUUAGAUAGGAAGAUAUGGAGAUCUCAGAUUAGUAGGUAGUUGAGCGAUGUCUCGCUUUUCGCGGGAUAGGCGUGGUGGUAGUCUAGAGCACCAUGUCUGUCGUAAUAUUAGUCCUAUUCAUGUAGUUUAUUGCCUUUUGAUAUUGUUAUCAUCUGUUGUUUAUUUUUUUUGGUUAUCGCACUAUUUUGUUGUUUUCUGAUGACAAGGGAACCCGCAGCCACUACCCUUCGGAUGCGCACAGGGUAAACCCUGCUCCUGUGCAGUAGCUCGCAAACCACACAAAAGAGAUAACCCGCACUAGGCAAGUCCUGUGCGACGAGCUUGACCCAGAAGGCAAAUCCGCUGCUGUUGUAGGCAGAGAGUUUCGAACCUGAGACCUCAAUUUUUGAAAGCUUUGUAAUGCUUUCCUUAUUAGUUGCCAUGUUUUCUUCACUAUUGUAUUUCCUUAUUCAUAACUGCUUUGAUUUGCUGCACUUGAGCUGAGGAUCUUUCGGAAGCAGGCUCUCUACCUCCAUGAGGUAGGAGUAAGGUCUGCGUACACUCUACCCUCCAUAUACCCCACCUGUGGGUGGGAUUACACUGGGUAUGUUGUUGUUGUUGUUUCCUGGAUUGUACACACAUGUUGUAUUUAAUCAGAAAGUUUCUUGAACUCCUGUAUUUGGGACUCUGCGACAUCCUUUCUUCUUCUUAUAGUUCUGCAAUUAGGAAGUAUUGUGUGUUAAAGUAAAUUGUUCAUGUGUUUGUGUUCUAGUUCAAAUAGCUCAGUUUUAUUCAAUGCCUUGAUUACAAAGGGCAUAAUACUCAUUUAAGGUUUCCUGAAGAGAGAUGGUGCCCAAUUGCCUUGCUUUUUCAUCCGCGUGCCCAAAAUUUGGUUGCCACAUUUAGCUUCCACAGCCACACAAUCAUGACACUAAGGGAGUACUGACAAUGAUAAUAAAAAAGAUUUUCGAGCUAUCAAAGUAGAUCGGAGACGGUACCAUGGGUGCAUUUUGUUGCUGUUUGCGAGAUGAAUGGGAAGAUUUGGCAAAUCCCAACAGCUCAAUGUAUAGGAACUGUUUAUGCCUUCGAUCUAUUGUUCAGAACUUCUUUCAUAUGUAUAAAUCAUUGUUUCAUAGAGGACAACAAAAUGCCAUUUCUUCACCCACUCUGGGAACAACAUCUCUUGAUAACUCACUAUGUGACAUGUACCGCUCUCCUCCUAGACCAUUGCCUUAUGAUGCCGAUCCAAGAUAUUUCCGCUUGCAACGAGAUGGACUAGUGUCAAGGCGGGAGAAAGGGUCAGGUCACUCGCACGAGGAAACUGAACCACUACGAAGAAGUGAUAUUGAUGAUGAUUCUGAAUAUUUGAGUAGGGGAAAAAAAUGGAAUGAGUCUAAAUGUGAAGAAGGAUUGAAAGAAAAUAAUUGCAAAUUUUCGGUGAAGAUUUCAGCAGCUGAAACGACCACUGGAUUUGCUAAUAUCUAUUCCUCUUCAGAAGAUGAAGAUAUCUGCCCGACAUGUCUUGAAGAAUAUACAGAAGAAGACCCAAAAAUAAUGACAAAAUGUUUUCACCACUUUCACCUAGCUUGCAUAUAUGAGUGGAUGGAGAGAAGUGACUGCUGUCCAGUUUGUGGGAAGAGUACCGGGAUAGAUCUACUUCUACCCCUCGUAGAUGAUAUUCGAGGAUUGCUGAUUCGAGUCUCUUCAGGGUGAGCAUGAGGACGUUCGCUUCCCGAAAACUCUUCCUAUUAUUGUGUCUUCCUUUCCAUUCUGAGACAUGAUUUUGAGACUAUUAUGUAU